CACGAAGGGUAGGCACAGGAAUUUCUCGGUUCCGGUAGCAGAUGCUAGAAACGUCAACCGCCAAACUUGCGAAAGAUUCGUGGUCUGCUUUCGUUUUGGUACAGAAAUUAUAAUUCGGAGUUUGGUGGUUGUAUGAGAGAGCGGACUUAGGUUGCCGAAGGCGAUGGGGAGGGUAUUUCUGGUGGACCUUGACGGCAGGACUUACCGAUGCAAAUUCUGCGAGAGCGCUCUUGCUCUCGUCGACGACGUCAUCUCUAGGUUUUUCAGUUGCAAUCAAGGGAGGGCAUUCCUUGUCGGCAAUGUGGUAAAUAUAACACUUGGACCCCAAGAAGAGAGGCUUAUGAUUUCUGGUAUGCAUACUGUAGAAGACAUCUUUUGCUGCUGCUGCGGACAAUAUGUUGGUUGGAAAUAUGUGGAAGCAAGUGACAAGAGCCAAAAAUACAAGGAGGGGAAGUUUGUUCUUGAAAGAUGGAGGAUAGUUGAAGACGCCACCGAGGGAUUCAGUAUGGACGCCUGCGCUGGUUCAAGUGACACAGAAAAUCCUUAGAAAGUUAUUAUUAUUAUUACUACUAAAAAAACCAAAUAUUCAACUAUAGAGUAGAUAGCAAUAUGACAUUGCCAGUCUCUCAUUGCUAGAUUCAAGUCAUGGCAAUGCUAGAUCUUCUCUUGUAUUUAUGCCCUAGCUAGUUUUUGUAAUGAUUUUAUCUUAAAAGAGUUAUAGACAACAUGUCUUCAAACUAAA